UGGUGAUCUGGGAGGUGUCAUGGCGGCCGUCGAGGUGGCAGCCGAAGCUAGAAGGCUGACGGCUAACUGAGGAUCGGCUGGCUGGACGCCAUGGCAGUGCCUUCGCUCUAAAAACAGGCCAGCGGCUGGCUUCUUUUCUCUAGCCUGCUCAGCGGAGGGACUAACCCGUCUUGGGUUGGGGGUGGCAGCACUGGGGAGACCUGGUGACUGCUACUGCCACUGCUGUUCUCGCCCUGACUCUCCUUCCUCGGGGCCGGCGGGCCCUGCUAAGCGACAACAGGGAUGGCGUCGUGGUUGGGGGGCCUGGGGGCGGGGCUUGGCCAGUCCCUGGUGGGCCAGGUAGGAGGCAGCCUGUCGACUCUGACCGGGCAGAUCUCCAGCUUCACCAAGGAUAUGCUGUUGGAAGGCACAGAGGAGGUGGCAGGUGCUGCAACAGAGUUUCCUGUAUCUAACUCUGGUCUAAAAGACGUGGAAAAUACUCUUGCAACACUGAGAGCAGAGAAUGAGAGGUUGAAGAAGGUUUGUAAUGAUCUGGAGGAAAAGCAUGAAGCAGCAGAACUUCAGAUAAAGCAGCAGUCCAUGGACUAUCGGAAUCAGCUACAGCAGAAAGAGGUGGAAAUUAGCCAUUUUAAAUCUAGGCAGAAUGCACUGCAGGAACAGCUGCAAAAGAUACAAUCUGCUGCUCAGUCAUCACAAUUAGGAGUUGCUGCCUCUCCAUCAACUACUGUAUCAGCUUCCUUUGUCCCUAUGGCUAGACACACCUCUUCUGGUUUUCAAGGAGAUGACAUGGACUUUGGAGACGUAAUCUGGUCUCAGCAAGAAAUAAACAGAUUAUCCAAUGAAGUUUCUAGGCUUGAGUCUGAAGUUGACCAUUGGAAGCAGAUUGCACAGUUUUCCAAACCACAAGGAGCAAAUAACACAGAUCAGAAUGAAAUUGGCAAACUGCAAAAUGUUAUUAAGGAGCUAAAACAAAACUUGAGUCAAGAAAUAGAUGAGCAUCAACAUGAACUUUCAGUAUUACAGGAUGCACAUCGUCAGAAAUUAGCAGAGAUCAGUCGCCGGCACAGAGAAGAACUGGGUGAAUAUGAGGAACGAAUAGAAGAACUUGAGGAUCAAUUACAGAAAGUUGGCGUAGCUGUUGAACUUUCUUCUGAACAUGACCAGAACCGUCUCUCUGAAUCUACAGCACCACACUUGAUGGACUUGCAGGAUAAAAUGAAAAACCUAAGUCAACAAUUGUCUUUAGCAGAAGAUGAGAAAAAUCAUCUCUUGCAAGAACUUGAAUUAGUAAAAAUGGAGAAAAGUCAACUAAGACAGGAAUAUGAAAAACUAAAAUCCGAAUCUAGUAAACCUCAGCUAUCUUUACUUGAAGAACAGGUUGAUUUGAACAACCAAGUAGAAGUCCCUAAGUAUGCGGAAGAAUUGCUCAGACUACAGCAGGCGCUACUUGAUGCAGAAAAUGAAAUAUUAAGACUGAAACGAUCAGAUCAGGAAGGAGUUCAGAAAGAAGUGACAAGUUUACAAUCAAAUUGUGAGAGUAGUACACAUGUAUCUGCUGAAGGACAGAACCUGGAGUUAAAUAUGUUAAGAGAAGAAUUGGAAAGGAAACAACAUGAAUUCAAUGAAACCCUUGCUGAAAAAGAAACUCUGGUAGCAGAACUGGAAGAACUGGACAAGCAAAACCAAGAAGCUACCCAGCAUAUGAUCCUAUUAAAAGAACAGCUGGCAAAACAAAAUGCAGAAGCUACCAAUGCUAUCACCCAGCUAAAACUGGACAUUGAUUCUGAAAGAAGAAAAACAUCUAAGCUAGAAGCUGAGAAGCUGGAAUUGAGCAAGGAGUUAGAAGGCCAGACAGAAAAAUUGAAUCAGAGUAAAUAUACAUGUAAUGACUUGACUAUGGCUAACCAACACUUGGAGAACAAAAUGAAAGAGUUAAAAGAACAGCUGACAUCAUCCCAGCAGUGUAGUGCUAGUAAGCAGGAAUUAGUAGAAUUAAAGGAAAAGCUAACACAAAGAGAAGAAGAACUUUCUGUACUCCAAAAUGAGCUAACAAAAUUAAAUCAGGAAAAAGAAGUAGAAAUUUCAAAGCUGAAUAAACAAAUUUCACAAAAUAAACUAAUAAAUACAGGCUUGGAGAAAUCAAUUUUGGAUCUUCAGGUAGAAAAGGAAAAGCUGCAUACAGCAUAUGAAGAACUUAAACAGCAGUUGCAAGAAGCAAAUAAUGAAAAUAGCACAAUUGUUUUUGAAAAAGAUACUAUGCUGGAAGCUUUGAAAAUAGAAAAAGUGCGAUUAGAAAGUGAACUGUGCCAGGCUGAAAGCCGAUUGUUGGAACAAGCUCAAAAAUAUGAACAAACCAUCAGUGAGCUGUCAAAUGCACGUAACAUGGAUGCCACUGCAUUGCAGUUUGAACAUGAACGUUUAGUUAAACUUAAUCAGGAGAGAGACUUUGAGAUAGCAGAACUCAAGAGGAACAUUGAACAGAUGGAAAGUGACCAUGAGGAAACUAAAGAGAUGCUAACAACUAGCUUAGCAGGGCAAAAGCAACUAACAGAGCUCAUAAAAGAGCGAGAAGUGUUUGUGGAAAAAUUUAAAACCAGGGCUUCCGAACUGGAGCAGCAACAUGAAAAUUAUAUUAAGGACUCCAAAAGGUUUGAACUUUUAAAACAAAAUUUAGAAGAAAAAGAGAAAAGUCUUUCAGGUAUGAAAGAAGAGAACAAUCACUUGAAAGAAGAAAUUGAACGGUUAAAAGACCAGCAAAGUAGAUCGCCCCCUAUGGCUGAGCCCAAAACUCUAGAUAUCAUCACUGAACUUGAAGCAGAAAUAACACAAUUAACAAUACUGAAAAAUAAUCUUGAAGAAGAGGUGAAGCUUAACAAAAAGACACUUGAAGAUCAGAAUCAGAAAAUGACCCAACUUCAGCAAGUCCUACAGGAGUAUAAAAAGGAGAGUGAGGAUUUCAAGUUGCAAUGCGAACAGUUGACUAUUGCACACCAGCAGGUAUGCUUGGAGAAGGAUAAGGAAAUCAAAAGGCUACACAGAGCAGUAGAACAAAUUAAAACCCAGUUACACAAUCAAACAACGGUAAUUCAACCAGAUUCUUCUGAUCUUUUUCAAGAAACUAAGGUCCAAACACUUAAUGGUGAAAAUGGAAAUGAGAAGCAUGAUUUAUCCAAAGCUGAAAUUGAAAGGUUGGUAAAAGGUAUUAAAGAAAGAGAAAUGGAGAUCAAGCUUCUAAAUGAAAAGAAUAUCUUGCUAAGUAAACAAAUCGAUCAGUUAUCCAAAGAUGAAGUUGGAAAACUGACACAGAUCAUCCAAGAGAAAAACUUAGAGAUACAAGCUCUUCAUGCAAGGGUUUCCUCUCCAUCUUACAGGCAGGAUGUUCUCUACCUUCAGCAACAAGUACAAGCCUAUGCCAUGGAAAGAGAGCAAGUGUUGGCAGUUCUUAGUGAGAAGACAAAAGAGAACAGUCAAUUAAAAACAGAUUAUCACAAGAUGAUAGAUAUUGUAGCAGCCAAUGAAGCAGCUCUAAAGAAACUGCAGGAAGAAAACCAAAAACUUUCCAGUGAAUUUGAAAGUAGCAGUCAAGAUAUGUCCAGAGAAACAAUUAAAAACUUGUCCCGUAUCAUUCGAGAGAAGGAUAUUGAAAUCGAUGCUUUAAGUCAAAAAUGCAACACUUUAUUGACUGUCCUCCAGACAUCCAGCAUGGGUGCAGGCAAUGAAUUAGGGGGGGUUAAUAGCAACCAGUUUGAGGAGCUUUUGCAGGAGCGUGACAAACUGAAACAGCAAGUGAAGAAAAUGGAAGAGUGGAAGAAACAAGUAAUGACCACUGUCCAGAAUAUGAAACAUGAAUCUGCUCAUCUACAAGAAGAACUGCAGAAGCUUCAGGCACAGAUUUUUGCUGAUAGUGAAAACAGUUCUCAGUUGCAGAUCCAGUAUAAUGGCUUAAUCCAUAGCUAUGAACAAAAUGAGAGAAAGCUGAAAACAUUUAGUCAAGAAUUAGCACAAAUUCAGCAUAGCAUAGGUGAACUUGAUAACACCAGGGAUAUUAUUCUGGGCAAACUUGAUAUGAUAACACCACCUGUGCCAAUGAGCUCUUCUAAUGGUGGACAGUCAUUAGACAUUCCUUGCAGUACUGUUUCCCAGAUGUUCCCUAGUGACUCCAAACCACUAAAUGAAGAACUGGAGCGCAUGAAGAAAACAUUGCAAGAGAAAGAUGCAACUAUCCAAACUCUGCAAGAAAAUAAUCAGAGGCUGUCUGAUUCUGUGGUUGCAUCAUCUGCAAUGGAAAGAAAAGGUCAAAAGGAGUCUCAUUUGGAGAUAAAACAUUUGAAAGAGAAGUGUGAUGUCUUGCAGAAGUCACUCAGAGAAAAAGACCUACUAAUAAAAUCAAAAAGCGACCAGUUGCUUUCUGUAAGUGAAAGCCUUAGCAAUAAAGAAAAUGAAAAUGAACUGUUGAAGCAAGGUGUAACUAAUCUGAAGGAAAGAAUUCUUAUUUUGGAAAUGGACAUCCAUAAGUUGAAAGAAGAAAAUGACAAAAUAGUGGCAAGAUGCCAGGAAAAAGAAACAGAAUUCCGAGCUUUACAGGAGACUAACAUGCAGUUUUCAAUGAUGUUGAGAGAGAAGGAAUUUGAAUCUCAUUCAAUGAAGGAGAAGGCCCUUACAUUUGAAAAAUUACUGAAAGAGAGAGAACAGGGAAAGGCAGGAGAACUAAACCAGCUGUUAAAUGAAGCCAAAUCAAUGCAAGAAAAGGCUGUUGCUUUUCAGCAAGAGAGAGACCAAGUUAUGUUGGCACUCAAGCAAAAACAAAUGGAAACCAGUGCCCUACAGAAUGAGUUGCAGCAUUUGCGUGAUAAGGAGCAGCGGCUAAGUCAAGAAUUGGAGAGAUUACGCAAUCACCUUUUGGAAAGGGAAGACACUUCCACACGUGAAGCUUUAGCAGCUGAGGAUCGGGAAACUAAGCUUAAAAAGAAAGUCCAGUUUUUGGAAGAAAAGCUACAGUCUUCUUCAACAGCAGUGGAAAAUGCAAGUCAUCAGGCUAGUAUGCAGGUGGAAUCCUUGCAAGAACAGUUGGACCUUGUUACUAAGCAAAGAGACGAAACUGUGCUUCAGCUAACCAUUUCUCAAGACCAAGUGAAACAGUAUGCUUUGUCACUGACCAACCUGCAGAUGGUGCUAGAGCAAUUUCAAAGGGAAGAGAAAGCCAUGUAUUCAGCUGAGCUACAGAAACACCAAAGGCAUUCUGCGGAAUGGAAAAAUAAAGCAGAGCAACUAGAAAAUAAGGUGGUUUCAUUGAAGGAAAAGUUAGAGGAAGCAAAUGCAGCACUAGAUUCUGCAUCAAGACUAACAGAACAGCUGGAUCUUAAAGAAGAGCAAAUUGAGGAGCUCAAGAGGCAAGGUGAAAUCCAACAGGAGAUGUUAGAAGAUGCCCAAAACAAGUUAAUGAACCUUAUAAACAGUACAGAAGGAAAAGUGGAUAAGGUCUUAAUGAGAAAUCUUUUCAUUGGGCAUUUCCACACUCCAAAGAACAAACGCCAUGAAGUGCUAAGGCUAAUGGGAAGCAUUCUGGGAAUAAAAAAGGAUGAACUAGAGCAGUUACUUUCAGAAGAUCAAAAAGGUGUUACUCGAUGGGUGACUGGAUGGUUUGGUGGAGGAGGAACUGGGUCAAAGAGUGUCCCCAAUACGCCUUUGAGACCAACCCAUCAAUCACUUUUCAACAGUUCUUUCUCAGAACUCUUUGUGAAGUUCCUUGAAACAGAAUCACGCCCAACUCUUCCCCCACCAAAACUCUCUGUUCAUGACAUGAAACCUUUAGGAGCAACAGGAAUUGGCAAACCCAACAUUAGCCCUUCCAGCAACAUGACAGCAGGCUCAGGACCCAGUAGAAGACAAGAGGCAAAUCCAUUCCUUGCACCUCGAUCAGCAGCAGUCCCACUCAUCACCCCAGCUAAUUUUGGAACUGGUGGAUCAGGUCAUCUGCUUAUGAAACCCAUUUCUGAUGCCUUGCCCACUUUUACACCAUUGCCAGUAUCACCCGAUGCUAGUGCUGGUGCAGUACUAAAAGAUCUGUUAAAGCAAUAGACAAUUCUGAGUUGAUUUAGCACUUUAAGGAAAAAGAGAACACUGCAUUUGUAUAAUAUACCACAAAGAGGCCUUUUGUAAAAAGUUGUUCAUUUUCAGUUGCUCAUGAAUUGUUUCUGUUUCUUCUCCUACCAAUUUUAAAAUGAAUUUCUGGAGUAAUCCAUUGCUUUGGAGAUUUUAUAGCAAGUAACAGAAAAAUAGUCUUCAUUAUAUUUAGUUUACUAAGUUAUCUUUCCAAUGGAAAAAGCCAGUCCACAUAUUAAUAGAAAUUAAGGUUAGAGGUUUAAUGGAUUUAUGCAAGGCCUUUAGGCAAUGCAACAUUCAUUUUAACACACCAGUGUGAAUUUGACCGCAUGUGCAGUUCUUUCCUUUGACAAAGAUUUCUGAAUAGCUAUUUAAUGUAUAGGUGGGAUAUUAUUUUAGGGUAUCUUUAUAUUAAAUGGACCCAGCUUCCCCAGAAAAGUCUGUAAACUCAUUAGGAAUCCAGUACAAUGGGGUAGGUAAUAGCCUGUUGGAUACAUUUGGUCCAUUUAAGUAUCACUUAAGUAGUUCCAACCCACGUCUUCUGGAGCCUGGAAUGAUGAGGAAAUAAGUAAAUUCUGCAGUUUAUGCUAGGGAACCCUGUGGGUCUUAUGUUCACAUUCCUUGCAGCAAGUCAGAUUAUGCUUUACUCUUGGUACGGUACUUCAAUCUAGAAAAGUCCUCUUUCAUUAAAUAGGAGAAAUGGUUUCAUAUUAUCCUGGGUAGUACUCAUCUUGAAUGCUUUCUUUUAAGCAUCCUCUCUGAUUUAAAUUGAGUCAGCAUGGGCUUGCAUGAUGACAUGAUGUGCCAUCAUGUGAAGGCAUCAGUUCAGAAGGAAUAAAUUGUCUUCAAAACAUAUGGCUUGAGUAGACCAAGUCUGUUUUCUGGGUAUGUGGCAACAGGAACGCAAGAAUGUUGUCUCUGGGUCACCAAGAAAUAGUUUAAGUCAGCCAGAGCUUAAUUAAUUAAAUAGGGAGUAUGCACUAGGAAGUGUGGUGUUUUUACUCAUGCACCUGUGUGUAUGCAUAUACCCCUUUCUGUUACUGCCAGUACUGGCAUCAGUGAAAGAGGAUGUUUUUAUUGAAGUUCUGGGAGAGUUGUUAAUUGCAGUAUUUUGUGUGCAAGAAUAUCAAAGCCUGUCAUGUUACUUCUCAAUUUAAUUUCCUAGCUCUAAUAGUGACUUGGGAUAUUUAAAUUUCCAAACCUACCAACAUUAAAUAUUUUCCAGAAAUUUUUCAGUUUUCUGCAUUUCCACAUUUAGUGGCUGACCACUAGCAGGAGACCCGGUAUUGCAUUUGGAUAUUCGUAGUGUAAAUAUGGUUGAAAUAUACAAUAGUGUAAUGGUUCAAGAUGUAUAUUUAAAAUAAUUGCUUGUACACAUACAUUUGGAUGGAGAUUUAAUGUAUAAUAUAUGUAUAAAGCUUAAAAUGAAGAAUUAUGUUUAUUCCAAAUAUGUAAAUAUAUCUACACUAGAACAAUUAGAAUUCUGUCAAUCUUGCUGCACAACUUGUACCAUUUAUACUGAGUGUGUUACUGUUAACACAAGUACUGGAAGGCGUUCCCACCAACUUGGAAAAAUGAUUUGCAACGUGAUCUCUCCUUACAGUGUCCCUUUUCUAUAAAACUGGUUUUAUGUCAUUAUUUGUGUAAUAAAAGGUAAUACUGGCUUGUAUUUAAAUAGUUUUUCCUGCUAACAGAAUGGCUUUCAUCAGUGGAACAGGGACGGGACAAUUUCCCUUCUCCCCUGUAGACCUCUGCACCCUCAAAAAGUCUGUUUUGAAAGGUUGGACAAUCCUCUGGAGCAAAUUACGGGAAGGCAUGGGGUGCAAAAUGAGAAGAGGGGAAAGUCCCACUGUGCAAGCAGAAAUCUGCUCACAUGAUGUUGGAUUAUGCCUAUACCAUAAGUUCUAUGUUAGAACUUGCAGUCUUUUCUCCUAUAUCUCAUAGUUUCCUGCAGUGUGAAUUGAAUUGUAUUCGAAUAUAGAGUAAAUAAUUGAAUUGUAGUUACCUAGAAACUGCCAAAUUUAUGAAUGCAAAUAGUGUUUUGUUGCUAUUUAUAUAAUGAUAAAACUAUAUGCUUUCAAAUCAAUCUUUGACACGAUUUGUAUUCAUAAUUGUUACCUUUUGACUUUUCAUACUCUUAACAUUCUUUACUGGGUUUUUUUGGUAUUUUAGAAUGGGACAGAUCAUAGAAUGAAGGAGAUAAACUUAGGUUUUGGUUUGGAACUGUAGUGUUUGUUUCUAUUAAUUCCCAGUAUGGAUUAUUUAACAGUAUUUUGAUAAACCUGAUAUCAGGAAGUUUAGCAGAUACAUUUUAGAUGCCAUUGUAUGGAUGUGCUUAAUCUUAAAAUUCAAAAUGAUUUCUUCACAUAUUUACAAUUUUUACUUUCUUUGGAAAACCAGAAAUUUUCUGAUUGGCUGCCAGAAAAAUUAAAAUAUUGCAACUGCAA